GGUAUUUCCUUCUUGAAUGCAUAGUCCGGAUAAAAAAAGCCUAGAGUAAUUGUCGCUUCAUCGUCGUGGGCUGCGCUGUAGUCUGUCGUAGCGCAUCAACUGCAGCGGUAGCUCCAAUCGCUUGCAAUAUGAAAGGGCAACCUGGUGCCUCGACGAGAGCCUCCGCUGGCAAUGUCUUCCCGAAUAAAGGCAAGAGUAAGACCUCGCCCAAGAAGGGACAAGUCGUUCUUGCUGAACGAGAGGGUGAAGUAGCAAAUAUGGAGGUGGCCGCGACCGCGGUGAUUCCAGGUUCCACCGAGACAUCACAUCCGUCGUACACCUUUGAGCCUGGACCUCGAACAGCAGGGGAUAAAAACGCAAAUUACAAGGUUUCCUACGCUGGUGCUGAUGUGGGUGGUGGUAAAGGCAAGAGUGGGAAGAAGGGUACGAAGAUGAAGAUAGCCAAUGGUUCGCGUGGUCGUGCUGAGGGCGAGGCAGCAGACUCGGAAGGUGCUCCGCUGGUAACUGACAGUACAAGUAGGACGAGUACAACAAGUAGCAAAGCAACUGGGGACAGAACUGCCAGUCAUACAAGAACGUUGGGUAACGGUAAAAACCACAAGGGCACUUCUUCGUCUUCGUCGUUUAGCACUACUAAGAGUAAAACCAAAGGACAGCAAGGAGGGAUGAAGGGCGCAGGCAAGUUUUCGCGUGCUGUCGAGGGCGAGAGUGCUCUCCCGAUAUCGAAGGGAAACAGGAGCAAAGGUAAGAGGCCUUCUUUCCUCCGUGCUGAAGGUGAAGUCGCUGAUCCAAUGAGUGCUUUUGAUCGUACCGUGACACAAGAAAAGUCCAGGGGACGAUCCAAGAUCGAUGAUGAGGUCUUUCUGCUGCCAGCUGACAUACGAGAACGGCGUGUGAAUGAGAUCCAGAACGGUCUCGUACCACAAGCCAUGUCUAGUGGCGGCGGCCCAUUUUCAGUGAUAGACAGAGAAGUGCAAGUGCAGAGAUAUCGGGAAGAAAGGGAGAAAUUAGGAACAGGAAUUGGCGGAGCUCGUGCUUCAUCUAGUACAGGGCAACAACAUUCUCAGUCUCAACAACAUCAAGGGACGAGAAGUAGUGCUGGAAACAGGGACACCAAUGCAGAACAAGAUCCGGUAGGAGGGUUUUUUCGUGCACUUGGCGCUUCUGUCGGUGCGGUUGGUGAAGCUCUAUUUGGAGCUGCUGGGGGUGACGAAGCAAAGGAUAAGGAGGACCCAUCAAAGGCAAAAUCUAGUGCCCAGGAACAGAAUCCUCACCAUCAUGCCAGGCGUUCGCAAGAAUUGCAGACUAGGAAAGCUGCAGCUAAGCAACGUUAAGGCCACAAGGAAUCCAUCUUCACACGCAGUCCAUCUUCACACACGGGCAUGCAUAGACCGGAAAAACUGGGCCCCGUGUAGUAUUAUAAGGGCCCCGACGUUUUCGCUCUUUAAGCGGACCGGGGCCGCAAAAUCCCGGGCCCUUAUUUCCCGGCGGGGUCCCUUAUUAUUCUUGUUUGGUCCCUGGAAAUACUGGGGCCCACGUGGUCCCUGGAAAUACUGGGGCCAGCGUGGUCCCGUGAAAAACUAGGGCUGCGGUAUCAGAAGCGGCCCGGAAAGUAGGGGGCUUGGCCUUGGCCCUUCUUGUAGGCUGCUCCCUCCACUCCACUGCCAGCGCAGCGCCCCAAUGGCCUAUGCUAUGCGCGCCCGGUCCCGGUGUUGAGCCGCGCGAUUGCCACCAAGCUGCAGCUGGUCCCUCAGGCUUGGCGCAUCCUGCUGCGUCUUUCGUUUCUCUAUGUUGUUCUCCCGCUCUUGCCGCAAUACCUCGCGCCCGCCAGAGGUAGGCGCGCGAAAAACUGCCAGGCAACAGGAGCUUCGCGGCGCGCUUCCUCCUUCUGCGAUCCUCCCGCCCCCCUCAGGUGUUGCGCUCCUUUUUCGCUCCGCGGGCCGCUUUCGUUUUGACGUGCGUCAGCCUUUUGCGGCGGGCUUCGAAAGCCCUCGGGCGUCGCGUGGUUGAGGCUUGUUUCUCGGGGGUGUUGUGCGGUGGCUUAGUGUGUCGCGUUUGUGGCACCCCGGAGCUCUGCGCGCACGCGCUGUCGCCAACGCCGUUCGUCCCCGUCGGUUCUCGUCUGGUCCCGCUUGGGGGUAUUGGGAUUGGUUUUAGGUGUGCCGUGUGGGAUUGUCAUCGCCCAGUCACCGCGGGCGUCCUCGGGUCGCUUGGCGUGGUUCUUUGCGCUUCUCUCUUUCUCUCGUUGGUUGCUGGCUGUCUGUUGGUGUGUUCGCUUCUGCGGCUGUCUUCUGGGCUUCCUUGUCCUCUCUUGCGCGGCUUCAGGUUCUACCAUUCCUGGCAAUCUUUCAGCGUCUAUUUUGGCUCUCAUUUUUGUAGGCUUACACCUUUGGCCUCCCCUUGCUUCUGCCUUUUUUGUCGGAGUCCUUACCUUUUUUGUCGGGUCCUUUAUGUUCCCAAGCCUUCUGGUGCCGGUGCCCUCUCAGUUCUGGCCCAUGCAUCUCGGCCCCCCGUUUUUUUUAAAGGGACGAAAAGUACAGAACUAUGCUGAAGAUGGACCACUUCCCUGCUUAGGUCUAACAAGGAACAAAAGAGAAGUACGAAAGAAUCGCGCAGGAUCCAAACUUUGUGGGAAGCUUCGACGAUCGGGAUAUCAACUCUUUUCUUAUGGGGAUCCAUCAGUAGGAAGAGAUCAGGAAGAUGCCUGCUGUUGUUCAAGAACUCAUCUAGUAUUCAUCAUCCAUUCUCGCAUACAGCCUUCUAGUGCAUCUCUUCAUCCGUCUUUUCAUUCAUAGUUCCUCCUUUUACACUUGUUCCUUCAUCCAUCUCUUCAUCCAAAAAUCUUCUAACAAUUUUGGUGGAGUAACGAGUGCGGUGAACACGCCUGCCGAGAGUAUGGCACCGAUUUCGGCCAUUGAUUCAAUUGUGCAACGUCGAGCCAAAGGGAAAGGAAAAAAGGCGAAAGCGAAAGCAAAACAGCGGGAAAAGAAAAAUGUGGGAGCUGCCCUAUGGUCAUGUCGUUGAGAUAUAAUCAAGUAAGCUCAUCAUAAGGAGCAACGAUGAGGAACAUGUACGAUUCAGAUUAGAUCGUCGACCCAUGCUACAGUAUGAUGUGUUGAUUUAUCAAUGUUGCCAUGGCGAAGGCGAUGACUCCGUCUCAGUUCUUAUAGUUUCACACCAAUUAGAGUAGCGCUAAGGAUCGCUAUUGUCCGUUGGUCGGUACUAGGAGUAGAAGUCAGGAGCGCCCUUUUUUCCUAAUAAAAGUGCUCUAGAUUAUUUUCUAAGAUGACUUGUGCAUCAACUACAUUUGCUUUAGGACAUCAUGCUCAUCUUCCAGCUAUUUCUAAGACAAAACCGGAACACUGGAGGAGAUGAUCACUCUGAUGCUUCAACUUUGUCCAGUUCCUCUACGAGCACUACGUCUAUGAGCAGUGAGGGCAGACAGCAGCGUCAAAAGCUAAAAGAUAACAACUACGUCGAACACGCGGUGAGUGCUUCUGUUAAGGCUCGACUGAGACUGAGAGGAAUAUUAAUAAGAUAAUUUCGAAAAAGAAGGCUAACGAUGAUCUUCUCUUAAGAGUUGUUAAGAGGUUAUCAUUAAGUAUCAUUUUAGAUUUAGCUUGAUGCCGUUAGAAAGAAUGAAGAAUAGGAUAAGCUAGCAUAUAGCUGUACGGUGGUCACUAGCGGCCAUAUCAGCGGCACUCAUAUGACAACAUAUACGUAUUUGAGCAGACAAACAUGAUGAUGUGAGUUAAAAAAGUGGCUACUGUAAUAGACACUUUUGAGCUAAAAACAUCUGAAGAAGGUGACUAAGUUUUUAAACAUCUCAAGAAGGUGACUAAGUUUUUAAACAUCUGAAGAAGGUGACUAAGUAACCUCCUCCCAUAACAGAAAUUCGAGGCUUUUCCCCUUAGCAUAGUACGAGACUGUGCUGCAAAUCUUGAAUGGCUUUUGCCCGUAAAACGGCGAAGGUUCAGGUCCACUGACGCCCAGAGCACUCUAAAUAAACAGCCGGUUUGUUUUCCUCUUUCUACUUUUAGGCUAUCCCUUCCUGCGACAUCUAUUAUACGUAUUUGUGCUGGAAACAGAAGUGCUCGCAUUCUACUUCAUCAUUGCUGGUCCAGAAGUCCCCUUCUCGAAAGAGAAAAAAUACCUGAUGAACGUAGGCAUAAGUACGAAUCAACAUUAUCCACUCUCUAACAUAGGUAUGAACCAACAUUAUCCACAAAUUCCGAGAUUGACUGGCACAGGGAAAUCCCAGAAGCGACCUGGCUUUCGUGCAGGGCAAAAAAACUUGCGACAAUUGAAGAAAAAGAUUAAGCCUCCAAGAAAUCCAUCUUCUUCACAGGGAUCUUGCUUGGCCCCGUCUUUUUAAAGGGACGAAAAGCGGACCCAGCAAUGCUGCUGAAGAUGGAUCAUAAUUUCUCUUACGGUUCUAAAAAGAAGACACUGGCUGCAACAGUCCCCAGCGAUUCAUUCCAUCAAAGACCUGGGUCAAUUCACGCCUCUGUCCACCUCGAUGAUGAAGUAGGCGUUGCAGGUUUUAUUGCAGAAGAUGUCGUCCCGUCUUUUUUCUUAUGAAGAAACAGAAGGCAGAAGCACCACAAGCAUAUGUACCUCCUAUACAAAGCGCGAAAAGCACAUAAGCAAAAAGAACCAGUUAUUUUUUUCUCUCAUAGCCUAGGCUUAUCCCAAUACAGACUAGACACAGCACUACCUCACGAAUGCACCUCUAUCUCUCUUUUGCUCAGGACCAUUUUUUCUUCACGACUACACUCUCACUUAUCUCUGUCUUCACAGCCCUAAUUCCAGAUUACGACCUCAGUGUUCCUGCGACGCAUAGCUUCGUAAUCCAGGUGGAGCCGACAAUCCGUUCCAUGCGGCCAGAGCUAAUGUUAAGACGGCGCUCAAAGCACUAAAUAAAACAACCGGUUAGUUUUUACCUCUAGAGAUCUAGCCCUUUCAACACUAUAUCAUAAUAGCCUAGAAGUUAGGCUUUCGUCAUGCCUAUAAUACGCUUACCUUGUCGCAGGUGAGAUAACUCCUAUCCUAUCCUUGCUCCACCGCAAAUAUGAUAACUAUCUUCCCGCGUGGACCAUUCCGAGUGUUGUAGGUUGAGUUGCUGGCGUUAAUAUUGGCUAUGGACGAUCCAGCAGGCGCUGAAAGAAGGCAGAAUCUUCGUUCAAAGCACCAAAACGACCAAGAAAUGGCAAAAUUGGCUGGUUUGAAGCUUCCGGUCGGAACAACCGUAUUGAAGCCCAGUGUUGCCGUGCUCAAGAAAAACGAAGGAGGUAGUGCUGGAGGAGCUCUUGGAGUGGCAGGUCUUAAGGGAGCUACUUAUUAAUGAUCAAUAUUCACAGCUACUUGUUGAAGUUGCGUUGUCGUGCAACAAGUAGAGGAAACAUCAUGCGCAUCUGCUAGUGGAGUGCUAAGUACUUGUUCUAAAUCUGAAAAAAUGCUAGAGGAGAGCUUAGCAAAGGAAGCUCUCGUGACGGCAGAUAUUUUCUCCGACGAAGCGUCUGCCAGAAGCACUUUUUGCUCCGCGCAUUUUUAUCCUGACGAGUAUUAUGGACUCCCCGAAAUGAAAUUGUAUAUAAAAAUGCCAAUCCAUCUUCGGACAAGUCAUCUCAUCCCGGGAGCGACGUUUUCAAUCACGGGGAAAAGACACCCUCCAGGAAGGAUGCACUUGGAUGGAACUUGAGAAUGGUCGAAGGAUGCGCGACCUUGAGAUGGAAGAUCAUCGCUUCCUCUAAGAGUGUCAUGAAACUGAACUCUUCACGUUUCACGCGCGUCAACACGGCAACGUAGCUCUGCGAUAUCCAGCUGGAACAGCCGGCGCCCAUAGUGGAGCAGCGUCCUUGAGCCUGGUUUACAUUUAAGGCUAUAAUAGGUUUUAUUCGGUGUCGUGCGCUGACACCCAUAGAUACCACCCCUCCAGCACACUAUCAUCAAGGGGGAGCUUCUGACCUUCAUCAGUGCCUCAUAAUUAGUUUGUCUAUAAGUAUAAGGUCUACCUGAUCAUUAUUUGGCGUUUUUUCUUGAUCAGGUAGACCUUAUAGACAAAUAAUGACUUAUCGUCAGUUUUGAUCUAUGCUUUAGCAAACCUUAGAUCUCCCUUCCUGAUCAUGAUUAGUUUUGCUUUUUUUUAGAGGGAAAUAGAACAACGAAAAGACAUUAAAGGUAACGCGGUAAGCAGCUUAGAGACUGAAAUCCUACUUCUAACACAUGACGCGCUCUGAAUUGGAGAAAAUUGCAAGUGUUGCAGCAACUGCUGGCGGUGCUGGUGCUGGAGGAACUGAACUAAACGCGACCACUGCCUCUGUCACUACUGCUCCACAACUGGGUGUGAGCGAUCCCACCCUUUUGUUCGCAGGAGAGACCGGAGCGCGCAAACGCCGUAUCCUUAGCGGUACAUCACUUCUCUGUAAUAAGGAACAAAAAAGGAGUAACAUCACACGGAACUCCAACUCCAAGUCGUUCUUCGGGGGUGCCAAUUCCUCCAACAUGAAAAAAGCGGAUGUGGUCGACAAGGGAGCUGCUAACGGCACACGGACUGAGAAAACUACAACUACAUCGUCUAGUACCCCAACAACAUCUAGUACCCCGUCUGCUACUGCAACGACCAAAUCUGGUUCUUUAGAUGAAUAUCCUUCAUCUUCGAAGAGCACUAGCACUACAACUGUUCCUGUAAAAAGUGGAGGAAAUAAUCUUCAUAAUAUAGCAAUGAACAAGAACAUUAGAGCCGAAGGAGAGGCAGCGGCCUCUCCCUCUGUUACUAGUGCUGCGACGAAGAGAGUAACCUUCAACACGUCAGCUGUAUCUGAUGGAAAGAAAGAACAAGGAGCAGUGAAUGAUCCUCCAUCUCCUGCGAAAGAACGAUGUUCGAGAAGUUCAUCUAUUGAAGAUCGUAUUAAUGAUUCCCGAAAGUCAUCAAAGAGUAGCUCCUCCUGCGCGUCUUCGAUACUGAGCAAAAAGAAUACCGAGAUAGGUGACGAGGUAGCCAGGCAAUUCACUUUGUUACGCAAAAGCGCUGCGACUCAGGUUACGGCUUGGCCUAAUCCAUCCCCAAAAGCAUCUUGGGACUGUUCCAUAGGGGGCCCGAAAACGGCUUCAAGAUGAGUCUCAGGACCACGGAUUAGGGUCGUGAGGUCUAAACAGGAGGACAUCGCUAAGGACUUUCCUUUUGCGUUUCCUGAUCAUUUUGCUGUCCUGUGGGGACAAGAAGUAGUGGCGCGGUUUGUCGAAGGUGAGGGCACCAGAGGCUUCCGCAGUUCAACAUCAAUUAAGGAUGGUUUGUUUUUUAUUUGCUGUAAAAAAAAGAAUCACUUAAUAACUUUGGUCUUCCUCGGUCUAUCUCAUUUUUGUUGUUGUAUACCAUCAGAAGAGGCGGUGAAGGUGAACUGCAAUGAAGAAGUGGCUGGUUUCCAACGUCUUACUUUCAAUAACAAACAACACAAAGAAGAAGUACAUUCUUGUUGUCGUUGGUUGUCUGUAGUUUUCUUCAUUACUGAUAGUGUCCUCCACAUGCACAUAUGAUAAUAAUGAUAAUUACUGAUAGUGUAUGUGUCAUCUUCAAGGAUUCUAGGAUGUCAUCUUCAAGGGUUCUACAUCUAGUACUCAGGAUGUCUAUUUGCAAUUGCAAUACAGGCAAACGUAUAAGAACUAUAAUAAGCUGCUUCAUCUAAAAAUAGUACUAGUAGCAGCAGCAGCAAGACGAAGAGUAGCACAAGGGGCUCGUCUCCUCCAGGGUCUCGUGGGUCUACAGAUAGCUAUGGAACUCAAACGUCGAGCUCCUCUCGCAGUAGUAAUGGGAGCGGAAAAAAUUCUGCUGGAUUUCGCACUUCCUUUUUGGACAAUCUGAUUAAGGCUUGGAGGUGGCAGAGAGAUCUCGCACUUUCUUUUUGGACAAACUAGUAUUCCAGGUUGUACACGUACUAGACGUACAAGAAAGAUGCGAACACCCUCGCUCUAAUUCGACCCUCUGCGACGUUGCAGACGGAAAGCCGAUGUUCAAGCUGGCGAGCCUAAAUUGGAACAAAAAGUUGGCACAUUAUCAUGCGCGCGAAGGCAGCGCUUGUCGAUUUUUAGUGCCUUGCGUGGCUUCGUGCCAGAGCGACACGCCAGAGCAAAUCGAAAACAAGCGACAAGAAAGUGCGUGGCUUUUUACAGCGAGUAUAGUGCUAUGGCUCAAUACGGUUCAUUUUCACAAUCUUUUUUUGUAGGUCGAGCGACUUCCGUUAAGAACCUACCCAUUUCUCCCUGUUUCCUUCUUAGGAUUGGGAGAAGUGCAAUGGUAAAAGAUGGACCGCUUUGCGCUCUAAUAGUAGAAGUUAGCACUGGUGGAGCAGAUGAACGUCGCAAAGGUGGUGCUGCGUGGAAUGCGAAGGUGGUCCGGACAAUCGGUCGCCUACUCGUCACAGCACCAGAACUAGAAGACGCGUUUGAUGUCGACGGAUCAGCAAAUACUAGCGCCGUCUCGAAUGUAGUUGAUGGAUCGAUGUUUUAUGGCCACUUACUUAGGUGCUAUAUUUAUUAUCUUUGUACUGUUUCCCCGUCUCUCUGAGGUGUGCUGCAAAUCUAGAUUGGCUUCUCCCUUUCUAUAAGGUUGAGGCUUAGGUCGAGCGGCGCUCAAAGCACUAAUUAAAGCAACCGGUUAGUUUUUACCUCUUGAGAUCUAGCCCUUCCAGCAAUAUCUUUGUAGAUGUCGACUAGUAUAUUAGUUUUCACCUCUAUCCCUAGGCUUAUCCCUUCAACAAAUUAUCUCUGGAGAUGUACUAGUAGUAGUAGUUGAUGUAGUAGUUGAUGUAGUAGUUGAUGUAGUAAUUGAUGUAGUAGUUGAUGUAGUAGUUGAUGUAGUAGUUGAUGUAGUUGUUGAUGUAGUUGUUGAUGUAGUAGUUCUUGAUGUAGUAGUUCUUGAUGUAGUAGUUCUUGAUGUAGUAGUUCUUGAUGUAGUAGUAGUUGAUGUAGUAGUUGAUGUAGUUGUUGAUGUAGUAGCUGAUGUAGUAGUUGAUGUAGUAGUUCUUGAUGUAGUAGUUGAUGUAGUAGUUGAUGUAGUUCUUGAUGUAGUAGUUGAUAGGCCGCCCAGCACUUCUUCGCUACAGGAGGAUGCUUGCGUCGAGGGUUAAAAAUUAUCGCAUAGUCACAAGGUUCUUCUAAGAGUCAUAUUGUUAUGUGGCGCUCACCGCUUCGCGGUUAUCUUCUGUAGAGGAAGUUUAUUUAUUCAGUAUUUCAGAGUAAAGAAGAAGUGGACAUCUGGGAUUGAAUGCCAGAGACUGAGCGUCAUAAAGUGCAAGAACGCGUGGCACAAACAUCGGCUCUUAUCAAUUUUUGGACUUUCCCCCGCUUUAAUUAUAACAACAUAGUGCAAGAAAUAAACGCAUAGUCACGAGGUUCUUCUAAGAGUUAUAUUCAUCCGCAAGAGAAGACGCUGUGUCCAGUGGGAGUAGUCUGAAGCAUCUGCCUCGCGAGGAGAGUAGUGCCUUUGUCGGAGUGAGCAAGGUCGAUCGCUUGAACGAACUGUUAUUAAGGCCAUCUCGUCCACAAGCAUCUUACUUAGUUACGACUGUGUGUUUGUUCCCCUUGAGUCUCAAGAUUUAGGGUUAGGGUGCGCUCUAACGUGAGAUCAGCACAGAGACGAGGAUGCAGAAAGAGCAUGGGCAGAAUCGGAUGCGAGCGGUGAGGUCAGUACAACCACGUCAGCGAUGGGGCUGGGGCCUGCAGCGGUGAAAACGGAUCCAGUUAUGCUACUCUCCUUGAAGAUCGUGUCUACGAGCCUCGCCAAACUAUAAGUUUUCUAACCUCUCCUCCAUUAACAUGCAUUACAAUCAUGACCACUUGAAAUUGAAAAUCAAAAUGAAAAUGCUCUCUGUUUUUCAUUCUACUCCCUCCUUCUCCUUACUAUUGAUGUUUUUCCUUUUUUCUAACUCUUUUUACUCAUAGUCAUACUCCGUCUCCUGCUUACUAUGUCUUGAUCAUGCUUCUUCUUCGUCUAAUCCCUCCGAACUAAAACGGACCACUGUGCUCGGGGAGGAAGCUGUGAGUCUUUUGCUUGACGAACUUGGCUUCAUGGACCAAAGAGUUUUAGACGAGUUGCCCGUUGUUAAGGCUAUUGCAAUUGCAUUUAUCAAAAUCGGCAUCAUGAUCGAUCUCGGGUUCUCCAUUUUUUGAAUACUUACGUCAAAAGGGUCCAGCACGAUGCCUUCAUCAAGGAUCAUGCAACUACCAAGUUCUUGGGUCUUACACCACACAUGUUAACAAUGCUAACAUUACCUUACAGCGACGCCGCAAAAUCAAGGUCUAUCAAACGGGAGGAUUUGAGGUGUACGUUGACCUGGAGAGCUACGAAGGGGCUUCGAAAGUCGCCUGUACGGCCUUUGCUCUGUACAUUUUGCAGGUGGUGCAGUGGAUGCAUUGAUGAAACUGCACCUUCCACAGCAGAUUCUGCAGUGGAUGCAUUGAAAAAUUCUUCGUUUUUCUCACUGAUCAUGUGUGAUUCCAAGAAAUCAGUUGAAAACAGCAUCACUGGCUACAGGAAGUAGAUGUUGAGCAGUAGUUUCGCAUGAACAAG